UUCUGACCCCUUAUGUGAAAGAGCUGCAGGCUAGCUAUUCAUUAUUCCUGAAAGGGAAAUUCAAAGAAGAGAAACAGAAAGAAAUGGCUGAUUCUCCAAUAAACAUGUCCCAGGGUCACUAGCCAACUAUUCAUUCUUCUUCAAAGAGAAAAAUCAAAGAGAAACGGAAAGAAAUGGCUGAUUCUCCAGGCAACAUGUCCAAGCGUCUGUUGACAUUCCGAGAUGUGGCUGUGGACUUCUCCCAGGAGGAGUGGGAAUGCCUGGACUCUGCUCAGAGGACUUUGUAUAUUGAAGUGAUGGUCGAGAAUUAUACCAACCUGGUGUCUGUAGAGAAUUAUUCUAUACGUGAUACUGUCCAUCGACCUCUGAGGACUGAAAAGGUGUCUUGUCAGUCUAAUAAGCAUGGUGAAAUAUUUCAUGGUUCCUCCAACUGUGUACUUUAUAAAAGAAGUGACGCUACAGAAACCUCUAAUAACUACAGAUGCUGUAAGGACAGGGAUGCCUCUGUUGACUCAUCAAACCCAGAUCAACAUAAAAGCACGCACACUGGAGAAGAACCUUGUGAACCUAAAGACUGUGAGAAAUCUUCUAGUUUGUGUUCCAACAUUGCUCAAGAUCAGAGAACAAACACUGCAAACACGGAGCAGAGACAAGAAAAACCUGAUGACCAUUUCAGUUCUACACACAGUCUCAUACAACAAAUAAUCUACAUUAGAGAGAAACGACACCAGUGUGCGCAGUGCAAGAAGUCCUUCCGUACCUCCGCAAACCUCACUAUACAUCAGAGAAUUCAUACUGGAGAGAAACCCUACAAGUGCAACUUUUGUGACAAAUCCUUUGCCCAGUGUACAACUCUUAAAACGCACCAACGCCUUCACACUGGAGAGAAGCCUUACAAAUGCAAAGAAUGUGGCAAGUCAUUUCCUCAGUUGUCAGGACUUAAAAGCCAUCAGAAAAUGCAUACUGGAGAGAAGCCUUACAAAUGUAAGGAAUGUGACAGAUUCUUUGCCCACUGUUCCAGUUUCAGGAGACAUCAGAAAACCCAUAGUGCUAAGAAUAAGCAACAUUAUACUGACCCAAAUUGUGGUAAAGACUUGCAUCAGCUUUCAGACUUUAAAAGCCAUCACAGCCUCCAUACUGGAGAGAAGCCUUACAGAUGCAGUGACUGUGAUAGAUCCUUUACCCACUAUGAAUUAUUUAGAAUUCAUCAGAAAACUCAUUGUUCAGAAAUAGAUUAUGAAUGCAAGAAAUGUGGUCAGUCCUUUACUGAAUUAUCAGAACUUAAAAGGCAUUACAUAAUCCAUGCUGGUACAAAAGAUUACAAAUGUAGAGAAUGUGAUAAGUCCUUUACCCAGUACUCAACUCUUCAACGCCAUCUGGCAAUUCAUAUUGGAGAAAGACAUUACAAAUGUAAGGAAUGUGACAAAGCCUUUCUUCAUAACUCACAUCUUAGAAGACAUCAGAGUGUUCAUACUGGAGAGAAGCCUUAUAGAUGUAAGGAAUGUGACAAAUCUUUUACUAGAAGCUCAAUUCUUAAACAACAUCAGAAAAUUCAUACUAAAGAGCAGCCUUACAAAUGUGUGGAAUGUGACAAAUCCUUUUCCCAGCCCACACAUCUAAGAACACAUCUGAGAGUUCAUACUAAAGAAAAACCUUAUAGGUGUACUGUAUGUGACAAAUCCUUUACUACGAGUGCAACUCUUAGAAUACAUCAUAGAGUUCAUACUGGGGAAAGACCAUACAAAUGUACGGAGUGCAACAAAUCUUUUCGUGAAGGGACAACUCUUAGAGCACAUAAGAAAAUUCAUACUGGGGAGAAACCUUACAAAUGUAAGGAAUGUGACAAAUCCUUUAUCAGGUAUGCACAUCUUCAAAGACAUCAGAGAGUUCAUACAGGAGAGAAACCUUACAAAUGUAUGGAAUGUGACAAAUCUUUUACUGAGUGCUUUCUUCUUAGAAACCAUCAGAGAAUUCAUACUGGAGAGAAACCUUACAAAUGCCAAAACUGUGACAUAUCAUUUUUGUGUAUUUCGAAUCUUAGACAACAUCAGAAAACUCAUACUGAAGAAAAACAUCCUGUUGUAAAUAAUGUGAUAUAACAUUUAUCUGGUGUUCCCUGCUUACAGAUCACAAGGAGAUAAGUAGUAGACCCACAAAGAUAACAAGCUUGUGAAAUCCUUUAAUAAAGAUUGAAAUCUUUAGAAAUGUAACAAAAUUUAUAUUAAAAUAAAAUUCGGUAAAUGUCA